CUGAGGGCUGGGCUUGUAACACUUUGGGCGGAGCUUGGGACAGAGAGCUGGUGACCCAUAUGCAUUGCGUGUCAGGAAGCGGCCAAGUUUGUAACCGCUGUUCUAAGACUCCAGCAGCAUGGCUGCCCCUGCGAGCGAAGAGCACGGCAGCAGUAAGGUCGGUGUCUGUUGAUCUAAACAGUGAUCCUGCUCUGCAGAUUGAUAUUCCGGAUGCACUCAGCGAGAGAGACAAAGUCAAGUUUACUGUGCAUACAAAGACCAAACUGCCCAAUUUUAAGAGCCCCGAAUUCAAUGUAACUCGCCUACAUGAAGAUUUUAUCUGGCUACAUGACUCACUCAUUGAGACUGAAGAAUAUGCAGGAUUGAUUAUUCCACCAGCCCCAGCAAAACCUGAUUUUGAUGGACCCCGAGAAAAAAUGCAGAAGUUGGGAGAGGGCGAAGGUUCCAUGACUAAGGAUGAAUUUGCCAAAGUGAAACAAGAAUUGGAAGCUGAGUAUUUGGCAGUGUUUAAGAAGACUGUGGCAGUGCAUGAAGUUUUCCUGCAGAGGAUAGCAUCGCAGCCUAUUUUAUGCAAAGACACCAACUUCCACAUAUUCCUAGAAUACGACCAAGAUUUAAGCGUAAGGAGGAAGAAUACAAAAGAGAUGUUUGGUGUCUUCUUUAAGAGCAUGGUAAAAAGUGCAGAUGAGGUUUUGUUCUCUGGAGUAAAGGAAGUUGAUGAGUUCUUUGAGCAAGAAAAAACCUUCCUGGUAAACUACUACAACAGGAUCAAGGACUCCUGCGCAAAAGCUGACAAAAUGACAAGAACUCACAAAACUGUUGCAGAUGAUUAUAUUCAUAUUUCGGCUGCACUGACGUGUGUAGCUGAAGAGGAGACCACUCCAGUUAGAAAAUACUUACUAAAAUUGGCUGAGUUGUUUGAAAGGCUUCGGAAAGUGGAAGCCAGAGUUGCCUCAGAUGAAGAUCUGAAACUAUCAGAGCUUUUAAGAUACUACAUGCUUAACAUUGAAGCAGCAAAGGACCUCUUACACAGACGGACAAAAAGCCUGGCCGAUUAUGAGAAUUCCAAAAAAGCCCUUGACAAAGCUAGACUGAAAAGCAAAGAUGUGAAACAAGCUGAACAGCAUCAGCAGGAGAGUUGCCAGAAGUUUGAAAAGCUCUCCGAGUCUGCGAAACAAGAGUUGCUUGGCUUCAAAGGAAGGAGAGUAGAUGCUUUUCGCAAAAAUCUAGUUGAAAUGACAGAACUAGAAAUUAAACAUGCAAAGAACAACCUCUCCCUCUUACAAAGCUGCAUUGACCUGUUUAAGAACAGUUAAAGUAUGUGAUCCAUACGAUCCAAUUGCACUUCAGAUGUCCCUCAUCCAGACCAACCAAGUGGCAUCUUUACAUCUCAUCUAUAAUUUCUCUUCGUUGGAAGAAACAAUGUAACAUAUUUCACGGUUUCAAAAUAUUUUCUUAAAAAUAAAAAUGCUAGAAAUGAUGGCAGCCUGGCGAGCAACACACUCACUAUUACUCAACACAAUUCCCAGCAUGCUCAGCCAGUGCCAGAAUCUUGUAACUAUACAACAACUGAAACGAGGCUGCUUAUCAAUUCCUGUACUACGGAAAUCUUUUGUUUAAUGCAUCUGAUAAAUUGUGGGCAGGUAUUUUAACUCUUAAGUAGGGAUGCACCAAAUCCACUAUUUUGGAUUCGGGAAACCAAAUCCGAAUACUAAAUUAGGGGCAGGAAAGGAAAAAGUGGAAAAAAUUCUUCUUUUGUGACGAAAAGUCACGUGAUUUCCCUACCCACCCCUAAAUUACAUAUGCAAAUUUGGAUUAAGUUCGGUCAGGAUUCAGCGGAAUCCUGCUGAAAAAGGCCGAAUCCUGGGCGAAUCCAGAUUCGGUGAAUCCCUACUCUACUCUUAAGGACUAUAUUUAAUGUCUUCCUACUAGGGAUGCACCAAAUCCACUAUUUGGGAUUCAGCCGAAUCCUUCAUGAAAGAUUCGGCCGCAUACCAAAACCGAAUCCUAAUUUGCAUAUGCAAAUUAGAGUAGGGAAAGGAAAAAGUGGAAAAAAAUGUUUUAAUUACUUGUUUAGAGACGAAAAGUCACGUGAUUUCCCUUCCCACAUCUAAUUUACAUAUGCAAAUUAGGAUUUGGUUCAGCCGCACACAAGGAUUCGCCAAAAUCCGAAUCCUGGAUUCGGUGCAUCCCUACUUCCUACACAGAGAUGUUCAAUAUAUAAGCCAUUUUUCAGUGGAAGCUUUUUUCAUCUAAAUAAAUAUGCUUCUAUGUUGAAAUAUA